CAAAUCGCUUUCAAAUUUUUCCCGGGAAAUCCGAGUUUCGCGGGAGGACCUUUCGCGCGUAAACCUCAUCCCCUACUUCAUUGUCUGCUUCCUGGAGCCAUUUUUCGCUCUGCGGGGAGGGAGCUCGUACUGGUUUUUAAUCGCUUACAUCGAGCCUUUUAAAAUUUAGCAAUUCAAUUCAUAUUACAGCGAUGCAUUCUACAAACUGUGCUUUUUAAAAAUCCGUGACUAUUUUAAGUCCACCCGGACGGAUAUCAUAGGAAUUGAGCGUUAAACCACAAGUGGGACAAAGGGAACCUGCGCCUCUAUAAAUCAUGAGAAAGGGGUCUUCCUCGGUCCCAGGACAAGUCAUGUUAGGGAUGAGGAGUUCUCCCCGUGAACAAAACACAGUUUUUGCGGUUGUUUCCGAUCGGCGAUCUACAGCUUACUCCAACGCAACGCGUCUGCAAAUAAACACCCCACCGUCCACAAAUAAUGUGUGUUUGCCUGAGGUUUCUGUAGGCAGUCUGUACACAACUCCUCUACAAACAGCGACCCAUGGGACAGCACUGCGACCCGGACGACCACCGGCCAAAAGGAGACUGGAGCUUGACAUUACUGACCAUCAAUACAGUGAGCCGGCUAAAACACUUCGAAGUCGCAAAGGAGCUCUUAAACUAAAGGUUCCCAAAGCUCCUAAAACUCCGCCGGAGAAGACCCGGUAUGACACAUCAUUGGGGUUCUUGACCAAGAAGUUCUGUCAGCUGCUGGCCGAGUCCUCGGAUGGCGUAUUGGAUCUGAAUAAGGCCGCCAUUGUGCUCAAUGUUCAGAAGAGACGUCUCUAUGACAUCACAAAUGUGUUGGAGGGCGUGCGCCUCAUCAAAAAGAAGUCAAAGAACAACAUCCAAUGGCUGGGUUCCAGUCUACCCGCAGAGGAAGGACUGCCGUCUCCACCCAUGUCCAGUCACAGCCUGACCCGAGAGAUGCUGGAGCUCACUCAGGAGGAGAGACGGCUGGAUGAGCUCAUUCAGACCUGCACGCACAACGUCCAGCAGAUGACCGAGGAGAUCCACAGCAAAAAAUAUGCCUACGUAACAUACCAGGACGUCCGAAGAAUAAAAAGCCUAAAGGAUCAAACGGUCAUAGCUGUCAAAGCGCCUUCUGAGACGAAGCUGGAAGUGCCCGACCCAAAGGAGAGUUUACAGGUCCACCUGAGUAGCUCCAAGGGUCCUAUUGAUGUCUUCCUCUGCACGGAUGGUGGUGACUCUGGUAGUCUAAUUCAGAACAGCCUUGAUGUGAAUGGAAAUCACACUUCAUUUUUGAAAGUCUCCCAAGAAUGUGCUUCAGAUGAAACGGCUGAUAGCGUCAAGAUGAAUGGCAGCUCCAACGCUUAUGGUUAUGGUUCCUCGGAUGGCAACGCACCCAUGUCGCCCCUCAGUUCCUCCCUGUCCUCCAUCCUCCAGCAGCCAGAUGAGUCUGUUCCCUUCGUGCCUCUGUCUCCUGCUUUGCUCUGUGAUGAAUACAUGAUGAGCUUGGGUGAUGAGCAGGGUAUAAGUGAUCUUUUCGACUCCUGUGACUUGGACACGCUGGCAUUAGAUGACCUCCUUAGGAUAUGAACUUGAUCUGUCUUGUUGAGAAGUCAUACUGGUGUUAGACCUUUUUUCCCAAAGUAACGUUCACUGUUUACACUUGGAUUUCGGAUGAAACAGUUUGGACUAUUUUAAGGAUGGGUAGCUGUACCCACAAUGUAAUUUUAAGGUAUGUUUGUAGCGUGGCCAGUUGCAUGAUUGCUGUCGUGUUGGUGCUUGUGAUGGGCAGCCAUUUUUUAACCUCGGCCAAUAACCGGAGUGUAACUCUCUGCGUUGAGCAGAUGUUGUAUAAUUGUUCAAAUCUUUUUUUUGCUUCCAUGGCAUCUAAUUUAGUUUUCUUCAUACAUCAUAGGAUUGGUUUAUGACCAAGAUCUAAUUUUUUGUUUUGAAUAAUCCAGACUGGUGGCUUCUGUGAAUUAGUUUAGUUUUUUCUUUUAGCCACUAUGGUUUAUCUCAGGUAAUGGAUUGAGAGAUAAUGGAGUGAGAGCUUUAUGUAGUCAUUUUUGAUGAGUAGAAGAGUCUAGAAUGAAGUUCCUAAGCUAUACUCCCAUCCAUCCCUUUUGUUACCAAAUCAUUUCUGCAUGCCAAGAAAUUAAUUUUAUAUUGGUCCAUUCAUUCAGCGUGGUACAUAUGUUCUGUAUGUAAUGAUUCUGUAGGUUCUUCUGUACUUGUAUUGAAAGCUAAAUUUUGGAAGUGACCCUAAUACCCCCCUUAAGGAUGAUUGUAUUUCAGUAUCUGAAUUGCACUGAAGACUGGAAUCUUAUCGAGCCAUCAUGCACAUGUGAAUAAAUUGCUACUUGAUUAUGCAACAUUAGAAAUUUAAAGAUGUGAAGAUGUAUAGAUGUUUCCCCCACUAGCAGCCAGUUGUAAUUGAUAUUUUAAAGGGUGGUUUUCCAGACAUGUAACCCCUGGCCCAAAGAGUUUCCCUUCUUCCCCAGUCCUGAGAAAUGUUUGGAAAUGAGUGUGUUGUCACUUUACGAUUGCAGAUUGGAUGAGGUGGAUAUACUGCUUAUGUAGUUUUGUACCUUGUUGAACUUUUUAGGAAGUUCACCUUUACUACUUCAAUAUGUGAAGUAAAAUGUUAAUGCAGUUUUGCUGUUGUAAAACUAAAUUGUGAAUAAUGAAUUUGUGCUAGAUCUUCAGUACUGUCUUUGGAAUAAGGACAGUAUUCAUGUCAACUGUGGAAGGCAUUUUCUGAACAUUUUAAAUAAAUUAAAUGAUUAAAUGAAAA